AGUCUAUGUCAUUUUUAAUCAACAACGACAACGAUUAACAAUCAAUUUAAUCAGUUUUUUUUUGUUAAUCAAAUUCAUCAUUCGCCUUUGUGAUUAGUUAAUUGCUGAGGAAAAAAAAUGAUUUGGAUCAUUUUUAUUUUCAUCUUUUCAAUAUCUACCUUGAUAAAUGAAGGAGUUUCAACUUUAGAUUGUGAGAAACAAUUAACUGAUUCUGAUGAGUGUCUCAAGAAAUUAGUUUAUUUCACCGAUUGGAAUUUAACUUUCGUCCAAAAUGAGGAUGAUAUGGUUCACCAUUGCAAAUUGGUUCGAGAAAAGGCUAAUUGUGUUCGAGAAUACAAGAAAUGUUUACAUGGUUUACCUCGAGAAAUGUUCAAUUUAGUGUCACAAAAUAGUCGACAAAUUAUAAGUGAACGAUGUGACACCCAACAAGGUCGAUCUCAAUUUCUAUCUCACAUUCGUUGUAUCGACGAUGAGACCAGUAAACUGUCCGGUUGUUUGAAUAAAGUGAUCGCGAUGCUUCAAUAUACCGCCGAUCAGGUCAGCGGGGAUGAAAAGGAGAUCCUAACGGCUUCUUGUUGUGCAGCUCAUUAUGUUUUUAAUUGUUUCGUCCAAGGAAUCGACGAGGACUGUAAACAUAAAACUGGACUCGACACUGGACCUUACCUGGCUGAGAAAAUUAAUCAAAUGGUCGCUGGUGUCUUCGAUGUGGCCUGUAAAAACUAUCCGUCCAUCGAUGCAUGUGAAUCUCAGCAUCCAGAGUUGAUGUCACAUUUUCAUCAAUUGGCCGGUGAAAAUUUCGAGAAACAAAAAGUUUCAAUUCUAAUUCCGUUAAUGAAAAUCGCUCACAAAAUUAAAUACAAUUAACGUGUAAACAAAUUUAUUGAUUGUAAUUCACUAAUCAUUAGAAAAUAAAAGUGAAAAACAAAAAAAGUGUAAAUCAAAAAGUUUUCAUUUUCUAUUAAUUUAAACUAAUUAAAGUUGAAUUGUCAACAGAAAUCAGCUGAUAAUAAAUAAUCAGUUUAGAUUAGAAAUUGGAAACAAUUUUCAACAAUACGAUUAAAGUUAAUCAGUUAUCUUUAGGUUAGUGAGUGAAUGUAAAUUGUAACAAUUUAAAAAAUGUAAAAAAAUUGAAGAUUAAUUGAUUAGCUAUAGCUAAUCAACUAUAGUUGAUUGUCGCGCGUUAAUUUACAAUCAACAAGAGGGAAAAAGAAACAAAGUUUAAUUGUUGAGGUGAAAAUCGUUUGGCUGCCAUUGGAAUAUUCUAGCUGGUUAAUUAGUGGAAAAUGUAAACAAACAAUUAAUUAUCUUUCUCUGUAUAAGUGUCUAUCAUCCCAAA